AUGGAUCAACCCAUCGUCCACGAAGUCGAUAUCUCCGCUCUAAUUCCCUCUCUACAAUCCCACCUGCCCUAUUCACUUCCACUGCUUCGACGUCUCCAGCACUCUCGCAUCCAUGUUUCAUCCACAGCCAAGUAUCUGACCACUGUGUCGCCCUCGUCGUCAGGGACAGGGACAGGGACAGAGACAGGGCCAUCUCCAUGGCUAGCGGCCUGGGUGGAUCUCCACGCUCGUCCAGAGACGCAAGUCAUUAUCUACUCCAGUCUCGAAGCGCUCCCUCUUCAUGUGCCCUCGUCUCACGAUACUCUGGACUGGGACCGGGUUCGUGCGCAGCUUUUGGCUCUCCUAUCGUAUAUCAAGACGCGUUUGAUGCCUGAGUAUCUCCAGACGAUUGAAUCGAAUGCGAGUGCGAGUUUGAAUGCAAGUCCCGUAUCUCGCGCUUUUAAAAUCGGCCAUCUACACACGAAACUCUUCUCCCUGCUCACGGUAUCGGGGGAAUAUAUCCCGAACGCGAAAAUGAUUCCUGGUUUGAGAGUUCAUCGAUAUGAUUAUCCGCCUUAUAACAAGUAUUUAUUUGCAUACCCUCCUGUUAUCUCCUCGGAUACAAACACAAACACAGAUACAAAUACAGAUGUCGAACUCUCACCCGGGUACAGCUUCACCGACCGUCACGGUCACAGGGGCCUUUCCCUACAUCAUUACGAGCUUAUUUGUCGCCGAUCGAGCGUGCCUCGCACCCCUAAGAGUCUAGCUACCUUCUUCGGGGUGGCGAUCUACGCACAUUCUCCCGUCCUGAAGUUAGAAGUGUCCCCCUCAGAUGGGGAUGGGACUUCGUCCUCCGACGGGGACGGAGACAGAGAUACAGACGAUCCCGUCGCGUGGGCCUUCUUGAGCGCCGAGGGGACCUUGGCCGUACUGCAUGUGGAACCGGAGCAUCGUGGACGGGGCCUGGCGCUGCUGGCGUCGCGGGCGGUGAUGCGGAGAGGGAUGACGGAAGAUGGGAUUUGGGGAGGUUCUGGCCAGAAGGUCUGGGUGCAUGCGGACGUGCUACCACAGAAUAUGGCGAGUUGUCGCGUGAUGGAGAAAUUGGGGGGUGUGGUAGGGUGGUCUUGUACGUGGACGGAUUUGGAGUUUGACUGA